UUAUGAAUACCAAGCAAAUACAUAAAAAAAUACUGACACGCCUCUUACUCUCCCAAUUACCGAGACGAUCUGCCUUUCCAGCCGAGGGCGACCUGAGGAGCUUCAGCGAGAGACGCGAGCACUUCAGGAGCCGCGAUCCAGCCAGCGGCCAAGAGCUCUUCACCCAGGAGUCGAGGCCGCCCGAGCUCGUCCAGCUGUACCGCGACGCAACUGAGACGCCCAUACACAUCAUGCGCGAGAUCGACCAGCUCAGAGAUGACGGGAUCCGGAGCUCCAGGUUCUUCAUGUGCGAACCCGUCCUCGGCGACUCCCUUAAGAAGGAGAAAUUACGAAAACUCAAUCUGGACAUCGAAACGAGAAGGCCCGCGAGCUUCGUUGCGCUGCGGGAAUGGUGUUCUGACGACGAAACCUUGACGGAGGUGUCGCUGGCGCCGGUGUCCCCGUCAGCGCCCGCGACCGUGGUGACCCAUCAGCAGGAGCCCACACCGCACAAACUGCCGUCGCCAGAGCAACGAGUCCUCGCCCUCUCCCUGAAGUACCCGCCUGAACUCGUCCCUAUCGAUGUCUCCGGCUCCAGCUUCAAGCGCCUCGAGAAGUUCCGCCAAUCGUUGAUACACUUCGAGUAUCACAAGGGGAAGCGACGCCGGAAGCGAGUCAAGAGAAGGAACACAAUAGCAGACACGAGGGAUGCAAGGAUAGCUCUCGCGGAUAUUGAAGCCUCAACUUCGUAAGUAUACUUGGAUUAUGAUC